AUGGCGGAGCUGACUGUGCUCCGCUUCUUCGCACUGGUGAUUGCAUGCUCCGUGUGCAGCAUACCUCACAAAACUCUUGCCGAGUCAUCGCACGCUUUGUUUCCGUCGGGAUACCCUCGCGUGGAGUAUCGAAAUGGCACCAACACGUUUAAGCUCUUUAUGGCCUUAGAUCGCGCUGGCACCGCCUUCUUCGUCGCCGUGCCCCGCGUAGACCCGAUUACAAACACCGCAAUGCCCACGCCAGACGAGAUACUCGCGGGAAAUGCGAGUGUCAGUGCAGGCGAAGUUGCGGCGGCAGCGGGCUCGCUCACGUUCACAGAUCCAGACACAGAGCGCAUGUUGUUUGUCGACGGCCUGCCUGAUGAAUCCACGUUUGACUUGUAUUUUGCCACACAAUCUGGAAGACAGAGUGUUUCAGGGAACGCAGUUGCGUCACCCGCGUCGGCAACUAUAUCAAAAAUGAAUGCGUUGGUUAUCGGCGACGUCACGCCGCCGCUGUUCGUGAUGGGCACCCCGCACACAGUUGGUCAUGGUGCGACAAGUAUAACAGUUUUGGUUGCUGCAUCCGAACAAAACUCCUCUUACCACGCCAUCAUAUUACCGAGCGGAUCCUCGCCGCCAAGGACAGCACUUGAGGUAUAUAAUGGAAUCCUGUCUGUAAAUACAGCGAACGCAGCGAUCGUGUUCAAGGGUUCGGGCCCUGUUCCGUUCUUUGACACAAUCCCCUUGACUUUUGUUGGCGAUCUGUCUCCUGGAUCUGCCUACAAGAUUUACCUAACGAUAGCUGACAGGAAUGGAAACGUCAAUCCAGUGGUGCAGGUUGUGCAUGCAUCCACAAAAUACUGCACGCCGUGCCCGAUCUUCAAGGUUUUGGCUGUAGGCACCAGAUGCGACUGUGUGGUGCCUACAAUUUUCACACUGCGUGUUUUGACGACAGGAAAUGAGCUGAUGAACAACAGGGGCGCACUGAAAGCUUCGGUCGCAGAGCAGCUUGGUGUAGCUGUGUCGCAGGUGGCAAUGAUGUCUUGGGAGCGCGCAGUUGGGCAUCCAGGGUACAUGACGGUAACGCUAUCUGUGCUGCCCUUCAGUGCAAGCGACAAUUCAACCACCGCAGCUGUUGCCAGUGCGCUUGCAUCUGAAAACCUUAACAUUGGCGGCGCUCCAUCAGAGGUCAGUGAUCUGAUGCUGUCAGGAGAGCCAGAUACGCGGAUACUGUUUGGAUCGAGAAACCGGCCGAAGGGUAGAACCAAUCCGAUGACGGAGGAUGGAAGCAUACCGGGGCAGCCAAUGGAAGACCCCGAGCCGACAAACAGGGCCCUGUUCCAUUGGAAGGUGCGGUUCGGCGAUACAGAGUGCACAGCAUGCAUGUCGCAGUGCAAGCUUGAUAAUGGCCAUUGGACUUCAUGUACAUCACCAAAAGUAUACUAUGCAUUGCCACAAGGCGAACACAAUUUUUUUGUACGAGGUUUGGGUGGUGACGGUGUGCCAGAUAGUAAUCCAGCAAGAUAUACAUGGACAAUCCGAUACAGGACAGAAGUAUAUUUCGGUGUUGACCGGAUACCUCCUGCUUCCGUCAACAGCAGCAACAUCACAUUUUCUUUAAGCAGCAACAAACGUGGGGCGAUGUUUGAGUAUAGCUUUAACUCGUAUGACAAAUUUCCAGUAUACAGGUCCUUGCCUCAAGGGGUAUCAACAGUUAAGGUGAACAGCAGCGUCGGUGUAAAUAUUUUUGCAGCAAGGGCCAUAGCAGAAGGAGAGACUUCCACGACUGUGGCGAAACACACCUGGGUGUACGAUAUCUACGAGCCAUUUGCUAAUGUGACUACGUCCGCAGUGAAAAACGGGUCGAUGGUGAACAAAUUGACAAAUAUUCAAUUUGUGGUAUUCGGCAACGACACGGAUCCAACUUUUUUGCCGAAUGCUGGAGUUGAAGAAAUUUGGAUUCGGUUCAUGCGCGUGAAAGACAGUGCAACCUCGCCACCGCCGCUCUUCGAUUGGCGCCUUGCCGACCACAUUUUUGCGGCACAGACUGAGUUCACGCUUGACUCGACAAUUUCUGGUUUGCCUAACGGGAUGUAUGUGUUGAGUGCACGUGCAGUGGACAAAGCUGGCAAUUCACGUUACACAGAUGAUGCAUAUGGACAUGACCACUACUAUUUUGAGCUCAGUGACCAAGUCCCGGGAAUGCCAAUCGUUUCUUCGGCGAUUACGGUUGAGGAUGUGAUGACUGCUGUAAAUAACACAGUGACUGGCGAGAGGCAACUUCGCAUCUCGAGCACCAUCCCUUCGGCUGAGGCAUAUGCAUAUCUUUUCACUGACAUCAGAAACGGACAGCUUUUCUGGCCAGACGGUGUCACCGAGAUUUUCGACGGCGACUACGUUUUAGCAGCCAACGUGAGCGAUGGUUUAAGAUACCUUCCAUCUAAGGAUCUGAACAACAAGGCAGUACUGCUUGAUGGUACCCAUCCUAAUUUUUCAUUCACGGUUAGGUCUGCGGGGUCUUUUGACAACCGGGCACUGGUUGACACCCCAGUCAUCGCACACAUCUCAGUAUUGAGUGCAAACGACCCGCCAGUACUCGAUCCAGAUGAAGAUUAUCACCUUACUGGGUUAUAUAUUUACGAUGCUGUCAGCAAUGUGACUAAUAUUGGAGACUCUGUGUUUGACAUUGUGAACAAGGGUUUCUCUGACAUCGACGAGGGUUACAAUUCAACACGUGCUAACAUGGGCAUGGUCAUACUGAGUGCAGAUUCUUCACGUGGCGUUUGGCAUUGGUCCGAUAGUGCAGGCAUGACUUGGCACGAUUUCCCUGAGGACCUUAGUCCUGAGAGACCAUUGCUGGUCCGUGCUGGGUUGAAAGACAGGUUACGAUAUCUUCCCAAGCUUGAGAAUGGGCUUCCGCUGGAUGAUUUGGUAUGGACAUCGAGUAUAACAUUCCGAGCAUGGGAUGGCGUAUCUGGGCACGUUACUGGCAGUCGUGGACAGUGGUUCUUCGCUGAGGGGUAUCCGUUGAAUACGACCCUGCAUCCAGCUGCCAAGUAUAACGAUUCACUUUUCCCCCCACCACAGGCUUCAAAGUUCAUCUACUACGACGCAACGUCAUUCGAUGCGGGAGGGUUUCACUCGAUGACAAUUGCAUCGGCUUAUAUUGAAUUAUACGGAAUCAGAUAUGGAGCAUAUGUCCGUGCUAACCGCAGAGACACUGAGCUUGAGCGUCUGCGGCAAGAAAAAGCCCGGCAAUCAUUUUGUCCCCCAGACCAUGGCUCUGCGUUGCGGCUUCCAGUACAUGAUGGGAAUGCGUCCGUUUCCAUGCGAGUCGACCGCAACACUGAAAGAAUCAUCGUGAAGCCGCCUUGGACAGUCGAGGCAUGGGUUCGAAGAGAUGUAGUGACAAAUGAGCAGACACUGUUUUCGGACCCAUUAACUGGUGGCGCCAUUCUUCUCGGUCUUGCACCAGGCACAGGCAUCAGCGGAGUGAUCCUUCCUCACCAGAGCGAGGCACGAAAGAUUGCUCGUCACAAUUUCUAUACUGCGAAGAACAACACCGCCGCAGAUCAUGCUGCUGCACAAAUAUCGAUGGUCGAGGCAGCAUGUCCUCGGUGGAACUUUUCACUCCCACUCAACAAGUGGACACACCUUGCAUUUGUUGCUUUGCCUGACGGUGAAUCUUACCGUCCCCCGCGCGCUUACAUCAGGCUCUAUGUUGACGGUCUUUAUAUCGGAUCGAUCGGCCCGGAUGCUGGAAUGAAUAUGCCUCUCGGUACCAUAGGAUCACCGGGCCGUGCAGCAUUUGCCAUCGAUGAGGUCAAAUAUUGGUCGUCCGCCAGAACUCCAUAUGACUUAUUCUACAAUAAAGGGCUCUUCCUAGCAGGUGAUGAACCCGAUCUAGUUUCGUAUCUCGCACUUGAAGAAGGAUGUGGAAACACCACACACGAUAUGGCAGCAGCUGCGUCAUCGGAAGCGCAGUCCAUCUGGGACAUCCAUGUCACCAAUGCAUCAUGGGAGCGACAAAUUUUGGGAUUGCUUCGCUGCGCAGAGAUACUCGCCGUCACUUCCAACCACGUAUCUUCCGGCGGCGGUAUCACGAUUACCUUGCACGGUGCUAGCUUCAGAAGGCCCCAACUAGCUUCCAUGAAGUAUUUGAAUCACCAAGUCAUACCACCAGCCCUCGACUGGGAUUGGAGAAAUCCGAUUUGUCGCUUUGGAUAUCGUGGCAGAACACUUGAUGUGCCUGCUACUAUUGUGAGCUCAGAGAUCGUCACUUGUCCAGCAGCGACCUGGUCGGAUGCCAACAUGAUGCGCGGAUUUGUAAGCCUUGAGUUUUGCGAUUUGGGUAUGAGUUGCUGUUCGUCGCCGGCGAGACUGGAUGUGCCCAGGCCGAACAUAUACCCAGCAAACUACAUGCCACAGCUUCAAAAUAUGGAAGUCAACACACAGAUUUUGCAUAGACACGCCAAGGCCACAGACGUCUGGCCACUAAAUUUUGAGACAUUUACCGGCACAAUGAUCAUGAUUAGGGGUUGGGGCUUUGCGCCACUGACCGAUGAUGUCAAGCUUGGAUAUCGAGGGCACGAUGACGAUGCAUAUUGCAACUAUACGACAGUGCUCUUUGAUAGUUCAACACUUUUUGAUUCGGCAAAUGGGCUGAAAUUUACCACCAGCAGUGUGCGUAGCGCACAAUACAGAGAUACCCCAAAUGCAUCUGCUCCACUUUACUCCAAGAUGUUAAAUUUCAGUGAAUGGGAAAAAAUAAACAGCAUCGCGAAUGAAAGUGGGAGGAGUUUCACGCGCUGGUUCUCCGUCCCUGCACAUAUCAUCUCUGGCUCAUUGGCGGUCUGCGAGACCCCAGUGCUUCCACACACCUUUUCGACGACACGAGCUGUCGUCCACCUUCACGUCUCACUUAUGCUUAAUAAUGGUGCAAUGAAAGUCGAUGUAGGUCCGCAACUGAAAUGGCCGGUUCGCGCAGUUUUUCCAGAUAAACUGAGGGUCACACGGGUGGUCGCUGAUGACUUGAAUUCAAAGGGCAUUUUCAUUGCGGAGCAGGACGGAGGGACAGUUUUGAUGCUGUCCACAACGCACACAGACCCAGCUGCGGAUCCAUCGUGUCAGUUUGGCAGCGUAAAAGUCCACGGACGGUUCGCGGGUCUCCACAAUGUUGAGUGUGUCCUUCCUGUGGCACAAGGUCCAGUGGGUGAUUCAAAAGUUGUGGAAGUACGUUUCACGCUAUUUUCGGGUGCCAGUCGACAUGAUCCAGUCUACUCUCGUCUCGGGGAUCAGGCAGUAACAAUGGCCUGGUCCACGCCCGCUAAUUUGAUUGCAUCGACACCUUCGGUGCUGACACUUGAUAGCGUCGCUCAAGGAGAGGUGCACAUAUUCGGAUCGUCAUUUCCAGCCGAUGUCGCUAAAGUCGCUUGUUCUUUUGGUAACUUUACUGACUGGGGUGCGCAAAUCCCCACUGACGAGGCGGUGCUGUUUGCAACAUCACUCGCCGUGUCAGUACUUCGCUGUAGUCCACCCAAGGCGUUUAUGGCAGUUGGGUUUUUCCCACUCACGCUGAAUGUCGCCCAUGCUGUCAAGAAUGUCUUCAGCCAUGCUGGCGAUGACCUUCUUAUUAUGUUCCGUAUGAAUCCAUCUGUGAGCGCGCUGGGUGCAGAUGCUGGACCGACCAACGGUGGGUGGCUUGUGAGCUUGUAUGGCGAUGGAUUUCUCCCUGGAGAUGGUUGUGCGCUGGUAGUCUCGGGAGGAAAUGCUGACAAAUGCAGCACGCCAGGAUACUUGGUGAGCUCAGCCAUACUUCGAUGUGAAGCGCCAGAUCUUACAAGAAUGUCACGAGCCCCAGCAUCAGCCCAAGUCUCGGAGACUGGUUCACACGAUCCCGAGAGCAUCGAUGACAGUGGAGAAUCAAACUUCAUAAUUGAUGAACAAUCCUUCGAUAGAAAUCCUACUCUCCGAAUUCACCUUGCAGUUCCUGGCGGCUGGGAUGGUCAAACAUUGGUUCAGGGUACUAGUGGCAGUGCGUCAGCAACCACAUUUCAGCCUGUCGAUGACCUGGACAUCAUACGUCCGGCAUAUCUGCCUGCUUCUGGCGGAACGAUAUUGCACUUGACAGGCCACAAUUUACUAACACAAAUAUCAAUUCGCAACCGUGGAAGGUGCAGCGUAGGGACUUACGAUGUUGCGACGCGGCCGGCAAGUGCAGUUUUUGAUCAAAUCACUAUUGAAUGUGUGACUCCAGCGCUCCUCCCCAGUCGCAUUACAAAAACAUCAGGCCUACAUGUGGCUGCAGUGCCAGCCUACCCAUCUGGUCUAGUUGGCUCGAACGUGACUACUCAUCCGAUCGGGUACGCACCGAUCCUUGCAAGGGUUACGAAUAUGCUGGUUGGGUCACCCGCGCCACUGGAGGGAACUAUCGGACCUGGUUUGGAAAUUUUCACUUCGCUUUCAUUUGCUAGCCAUGAGACCAUUACCACGUCCUCCGGGUCCUUGAAAGACUUAUUCAGCGGAACUAUGAAACUCGUGUGCUUUGUUCCUGAGUACAACCACUCGUUGGUGAUCGAAGAACUGGAAAACGAGGCAGAGGAUGCCAACCACCUCCAACAACAUCGAUAUCUGAUGGUGCCCACGACUAUGCAGACGAUCCAUGCAUUAACAUCACCGAACAGUAACGGCAAGGCGUCGCGCGGCUGUUGUUCAUUGCCACGUGCUCCCAAGAGUACUAGCGCGGGCUUUUCCACCAUGUUUGUGGGACCGACUAGUGCUGAGAGUCUCACGGCAACUACUGCGCUCCUUUCUGUCGAAUUUGAGUAUGCGUUCUCCCCGGAGCCGUACUCCUUCAGCACACACAGUGGCACAGUGCCAAUCCAGGUUUUGGAUUCCAACGUUCGAUUUCAACAUCUCAUUUCCUCCAGGGGUCGAGGUUUCUAUGUCGCGUCAGGUGCCGGCACGAAGAGGGAAGACACAAUCCUUGACAUCACACAUGACGCUGUGGCUACUGCAGGAGGGAAAACGGGCAAAGUAUUUCACGGCUGCAGUGAUGGGUGUGAACAUCCGAACGACGAUGAGAGCGCCGUCAUUUUCAACCGUGACGUCAACGAGAACGAGGAGAAGAUGGACCUAGGGUGUGCCUGGUGGCACGGUAGCGGGGCAGGGACAGCUGCAUUACCUAUUCAUGUAGUUGGGCAAGAUUUCAGACGUGGAGCAGGCAUGCUUGUGCGUUUCGGUGGUACUCCAGAGAGCGCCGGCGCAUCCUCGAGACAGUUCUCAUCGGUUGCACUGUUCGAGUCGAGCGCACUGGAUCAUAUGCGUCGUGCUACCAUUAACAUACUGACACGCAUGGUUAUGGUACCAGCGCACUUUGUUUCGUCAGUAAUAGUCAAGGUUGAGCCUCCGCAGAGCAAACAGCUGAAGCCGGGGAGUGUGCCACUAGCUGUGACUGGGAACGGCGGCGCGAGUUUUUCGACACGCACCCUGCUAUAUUCGCAAGAAUUCCCUAAUUAA